GCGCAUCGGUUCGAUGGAAAUACGAUAACAACAAAAAAGCCGCAAGCAAUUUGCGAGGAUGCGAUUAGGGCGGAGCUCCUUGAUAGUAUCCCAUCGGACAUUGCUUAUCAACUUAAGAUCAAAGUGAUCGAAUGGCAGGUGGAAGGUGAUGUGCUGCAAAUAGUGGCUGAAGUGAAUUGUGAGAAAGAACGAUGGGCUCAUUACAUCCUCGGCAAAGACAACAAUAAAAUCAUCAAAAUUGGCAAAGCUGUCAAUGUUCUAAUGCAAAAUCUCUUCAAGCAACAAUUGUUCGUGCGAAUUCUCGUCAAAGCGAACGGUAAAAUUGUUGAAAAAGCGAAAUUACUUCGAUGA